GCUUAGAUGGUUUUAAGUCAAUUUCUUGUGUAGUUAUAUUAUCGUUACCUAUUUAGAGGGGUUUUUUAAACCAUUUAUGCCCUGAGCCAUUCAUAUUCGAGCUUGGCUGAAUCAUAAGGAAUGGGUCAUGUUGACAUACAAGCCAAAGCCGCAACUGGUGCUGACUCCAAGUGGCCUAAAACGGUGUGUGGUGACGGUGCGACACCCAUCUUCAGCUUCGGCUUCAGCCACCACCAACUCAUUCAAUGCUAUUAUCAACCACCUUUCAUCCCAAGGUGCUCACCAUCAAGUUCUUGUCACCUAUGCCUCUAUGGUCAGCACCCACGUCCCUUCUGACGCCUACACCUUCCCCAGUCUUCUCAAAGCUUGCUCCUAUCUCAACCUCUUUUCCCUUGGUCUUUCCCUCCAUCAACACAUCCUCGUUAAUGGGUUUUCCCUUGAUGCCUACAUUGCUUCUUCUUUGAUCAAUUUCUACGCCAAAUUUGGGUUCUCUGAUAUUGCUCGCAAAGUGUUCGACUUUAUGCCUGACAGGAAUGUUGUACCUUGGACAACCAUCAUUGGGUGCUAUGCGCACAUGGAUCAAGUUCGAGAAGCCUUUUCUUUGUUUGAUCAAAUGCGUGGCCAGGGAAUUAAACCCAGUGGUGUUACCAUGUUGAGCUUGCUGGCUGGAGUUUCAGAGCUUGCUCAUGUGCAGUGUUUGCAUGGUUGUGCAAUUUUUUAUGGGUUUAUGUCUGAUAUAAGAUUGUCAAAUUCUAUGCUGAAUGUAUAUGGGAAAUGUGGACACAUUGAGGAUUCUAGGAAAUUGUUUGACCACAUGGAUCAAAGGGACCUGGUUUCUUGGAAUUCGUUGAUAUCAGCCUAUGCUCAGAUUGGGGAUCUAUGUGAAGUUUUGCUACUUCUCAAGACAAUGAGAGUACAAGGUUUGGAGCCUAACCCACAAACUUUUGGGUCCAUCUUGUCUGUGAUUGCAUCAAGGGGUGUGUUGAAAUUGGGCAGGUCCUUGCAUGGUCAGAUUUUAAGAGCUGGUUUUGACCUGGACGCAUACGUUGAAACAUCAUUGAUUGUAAUGUACUUAAAAGGUGGGAACAUUGACACAGCAUUUCAAAUUUUUGAAAGCUGUUCAGAUACGGAUGUAGUUUUGUGGACAGCAAUGAUCUCAGGCCUUGUGCAGAAUGAUUCUGCAGACAAGGCACUAGCUGUUUUCCGUGAGAUGUUAAAAUUUGGAGUGAAGCCAUCUACUGCUACUAUGGCCAGUGUAAUUACAGCUUGUGCACAACUUGGGUCUUUUAAUUUAGGGACAUCAAUUCAUGGUUAUAUAUUAAGGCAGGAAUUACCACUGGAUAUUGCUGCUCAAAACUCUCUUGUUACCAUGUAUGCAAAGUGUGGUCACUUGGAUCAGAGUUCCAUUGUGUUUGAUAAAAUGAGCAAAAGGGAUUUGGUUUCCUGGAAUGCCAUAGUUACUGGAUAUGCUCAAAAUGGCAAUGUUUGCAAGGCCUUGUUCCUUUUUAAUGAAAUGAGGUUAUAUCAUCAAAUGCCGGAUUCAAUAACUAUUGUUUCCCUCCUCCAAGGGUGUGCAUCCACUGGGCAACUCCACUUCGGAAAAUGGAUCCACAGCUUUGUAAUAAGAAAUGGCCUUAGGCCAUGCAUCCUGGUUGACACUUCUUUGGUAGACAUGUACUGCAAAUGUGGUGAUUUGGAUACUGCCCAAAUGUGUUUCAACCAGAUGCCAAGUCAUGAUUUGAUCUCAUGGAGUGCCAUAAUUGCAGGAUAUGGCUAUCAUGGCAAAGGGGAGAAUGCAUUGAGGUUAUACUCAAAAUUCCUGGAAAGUGGCAUUAAACCCAACCAUGUGAUUUUCCUCUCAGUUUUAUCGUCCUGUAGUCAUAAUGGACUUGUAGAGCAGGGCUUAAACAUAUAUGAAUCAAUGACUAAAGAUUUUGGGAUUACACCAAAUCUUGAACACCAUGCAUGUGUGGUGGAUCUCCUCAGUCGUGCUGGGAGGGUAGAGGAAGCAUAUAACUUGUACAAGAAAAUGUUCUCUGAUCCUGUAAUUGAUGUUUUGGGCAUAAUCCUUGAUGCUUGUCGAGCAAAUGAUAAUAAUGAACUUGGUGAUACAAUUGCCAAUGAUAUUCUCACACUGAGGCCUAUGAAUGCUGGAAAUUACGUACAACUAGCUCACUGCUAUGCUUCAAUAAACAAAUGGGAAGAAGUGGGUGAGGCAUGGACCCAUAUGAGAUCUCUUGGCUUGAGAAAAAUUCCUGGCUGGAGCUUUAUUGAUAUACAUGGUAACAUCACUACAUUUUUCACAGAUCACAACUCACACCCUCAGUUUCAAGAAAUAGUGUAUACACUAGAAAUUUUGAGGAAGGAAAUGAUCAAAAUGGAGGAAGUGGACAUUAACCUUGAAAGUAGCCACAAUAACAUAUGCUGAAAUGUUAUCUAAACAGGAGUAUUUCCAAGAUUGGCUGACACUCAAGAAGUGUCUUGUGGUGCCUCUGAAAUGUUUUUGGACUUCCAUCAAAGACUGUGACCCAUGAAAACUUCUUUUCUUUUGUCUUUUUGGGUUGACAUGACAUUAGAGGUUUCUUAAGUCUUAUACAAUGGGCCGAUAACUUACCAGCUAGUGCACAAGGCUGAAAUCUAGUGGAAUCUUUUCUUUUUGUUUUCACCCUGUCUAGUGGAGUCUGGGGGGAUAAAUAUAUGUACCCAACCUUACUCCUACACAGAGGCAAUUUUUUGGGUUUGAACCUAUGACCACUUCCCAAGCCAGCAAUUCUACUAUUACACCAACGCUUGUUCCAUUUUUUGUAUCGAAUGAUUAUAAUUAUUUAUAAAUUAUUCUUU